GCGCUCCGCGUCCCAUCCGCUCACUUCCGGCGGCGGCGGCGGCUGCUCCCGCGCCUGCGCAGUGGGCGGUUCCUCUCUCAGCGCCGGCGCGGGGCGACAAGAUGGCCAAGCGCACCAAGAAGGUUGGGAUCGUGGGGAAAUACGGGACCCGUUACGGGGCGUCCCUGAGGAAGAUGGUGAAGAAGAUUGAAAUUAGCCAGCACGCCAAGUAUACCUGCUCCUUCUGUGGCAAGACCAAAAUGAAGAGGAAGGCUGUGGGUAUCUGGCACUGUGGGUCCUGCAUGAAGACAGUUGCUGGUGGUGCCUGGACUUACAAUACCACCUCUGCAGUGACAGUCAAAUCUGCCAUCAGAAGACUGAAGGAAUUGAAAGACCAGUAGAAGCUACUUCCUGUUGUCCUUGUGAAACAUCGUUUUUUUUCCCCUACUGUCAGGAUUGGACCUUUUAACAAUAAAGAGGUGAUAACAGAGAA